CUUGCAGAUCCGCUGUGAGCCCGACUGGCUUAAAUACUGCUCCAGAUUCCAGGUUUGACCCUUUCUUCCCCUUGCAAGGUUCCUCUGUUCCUGACUCCCCCGCAUCUCCGCAACCAUGGCCACCAAGUUCGCCACCGCAACCUUCCUUCUCGCCCUGGGCGCCACAGCCCUAGAGAACGCCACCUUCAUCACUUACCAGCCUGCAUUCAAGGACAUUAUCGGCGAGAACCCGAAACUCGAGCUCAUCUUGCAGAAUAAAACAUACCCCUUCGCGCACGAGGCACCCGUCUACAUCCCAGAAACUGGGGACGUCUUCAUCGUCGGCAACUACCAAACCAAGACGGGAGGGCAACCCAUCCAGAUUUCGAAAAUCCGGUCGAAAAACGAUGUCUAUGUUCGCGAGCAGAUCUUCCCGGAUAUUCCCAUGGCCAACGGGGCAGUUAAUUACGAGGACGGCGUCCUCUUUGCGUCGCAGGGAACGAUCGAGCGGCCAUCAGCCCUAAUCUACAUGGAUCCCGAGCCGCCGUAUUCAACAGAGGUUGUCCUCGACUCCUUUAAUGGACGGCGAUUCAAUGGCCUCAAUGACGUUGUAAUUCACUCCGAUGGCAGUAUCUGGUUUACGGACCCGACGUAUGCGUACGAUCAGGGGUUUGCGCCAAAGCCAGAUCUCCCGCACCAGGUUUAUCGCUUUGAUCCGGGGACAGGAUCCGUGCGUGCCGUUGCUGACGGCCUUGGUCAGCCGAAUGGGUUGGCGUUUUCGCCCGAUGAGUCCAUUCUGUAUGUCACGGAUACGGACUCGCAUCGUGGGAAUGGCGAUAAUAACCCUGAGCGUGCUGCGACUAUCUACGCCUACGACGUGGCCACAUACGCCAAAUCCCCCUUCCUCAUCAAUCGCCGCGUCUUCGCCUACGCCGACAACGGCAUCCCCGACGGGGUGAAGGUCGACACAAACGGCAACGUGUACAGCGGCUGCGGCGACGGCGUGCACGUCUGGUCUGCCGGCGGUGAUCUCCUGGGGAAGAUUAAGCUGCCCGAUGUCUCGGCGAACUUUUGCUUUGCAGAAGCCGGCGAGAUGUAUAUUCUCAAUGAGUAUCGCGUUUGGAAGGCGACGUUGAGUGAGGAUGUCCAUGGGGCUUUGUUGGGGUUGUAGAUGGUACAUGGUAAGGGUUUGCAUUAGAGAGACAUUAUUUUAAAUGCAUUUAUAUACAGUACAUUUAGGGGUCUCCCCGCCGGUGACCAAGCUAGUAUACAUCCUUCUGAAGCUGUACAGGGGCAGAUCAGAGUAAGCCCAGAUCAAGUCGGGGGGACACUCUUAACACGCGUACACUGAAUACUCCCGUGCAUAUUUCCUCGACAUAGAAAGACCUGAUGUCACGCCCG